AUGUUCAAGACCGCGGCAUCGAAAGCUUUCGGCGGAGGAGCCCGAGGAGCUGCGUUCGGGAUUCUGGGAGGCUUCGUGCUCGGGGCGGUAGGAAAUGUAUUUGCGGACGGCCUCUCUACUAUCGAUGUGGUCUACUGGAAAGAUCGGCGGGGAACAACCAAGAAGUUUGCCGACAUUGACGUGCUCGAGUCUUUUGACAUUUACAAGGACCUCCUCGCGCUACACAGCGCGAGGGAGUGCGACAUGGAAGCGUUCAAUGAUGCGUGCAGACACAUACAGAGCGUCGUCUACCUGUACAAGCGUUUUGUAGACAGGGGAGAAGACAGUGUGUCUAUGAUGGAUUCCAGGAAGAUCACGAACUAUUCCAUCAUGGCGACCAAGAGCAUGAACGCUCUUUUGAUCUCGUGUAGAGCUAAGAACUACCCGGAGAGUUCGGAUGUGGAAAAGUCCAUGAUGCAAAUUCACCUCACAUUCGAGGAGAUAAUCAACGGAGUGAGGCACGUUUCCAAGGACAUCCUUCCGGAAAUCUAG